ACAUAGUAGGUGUUUCUCCAUAAAGUAUUUCUAAACUUUGUUGUCAAAUGCUGUCAAAAGUGCUUUUAGUCUUUCCAGAAACACUCUCAAAUAGCUUAGAAAAUGAUUUUUAAAGAAGCACAUACUAUAUUAGUCAAGUACUUCUUCGUAAAUUAUACUAAUUUAGAGUAUCGCUUGUUCUUGGGGUAAAAAAAUGUGAACCAAACUUGAACUAUCAAAAAUGCCCUUGUCAUUUAGUGGGGUAUAAUCGUCAUUUCAGGGUUGUUUCUGAGCUUCCUGUGAUAUGAAGCAAAACUUUGAGUGGACUGCUUGGGGGCUGAAAUGGGGUAAGCAUUGGCAUUUCAUUAUGAACAAAUAAGCAUUGGAAUUUCAAUAUGAACAAAUACGCAUUGGCAUAUCCGUAGGUAUAUUUAAAUCUAUAGGAUUUGCUUUUGGUGUUUGUGAAUUAUGGAAAUCUACUCAUUGAAUUGACUAGGAAAACCCUUCAAGAAUCGUAACUGGCACUAAAAUUUGAGGCCUCACCUCACAUAUGAGCAAAUCCAAAACCACAAUGACUUUUGGAUCUUUGGGAUUACCAAACAGAGUACGGACUUUGAAAUUUGUCUCAGAUGCUCCGAAAUCAUCGUCUCCUUUGUUGAUGUAAUAUUGUUGUGGCAACACAAAACAAAACAGCUUAAGGCCAAAACUAGCACACAUGUUAUAUAAUACAGUUGAGCAUCCUUCCAGUUCAAGCAACCAUAGGAACAAACAACAGAAUUGUAGAAAGCAGAGGAAAGAAUCCUGAGUGCUUAGUUAUUAUAGGAAAUGGAGAAGAUGAUGGUGAAGAAUGAAGAGAACACUAGGAGGCUCCGCUUGACCACAGUGGAUCGUGAGGCUCAGGAAUCACGGUGUGUCAAGAAAAGGAGAAGAGACCCGGCUGCAGUUGCGGUUAGUUGUGACAACAGCCAGAGUGAGCAGCAUUUCCCACAAAAACCAGCUGAUCAAACUUCUGCUACCACAACGAAGAGAAGUUCAAGAUUUCGCGGUGUCAGCAGGCAUCGAUGGACUGGUCGAUUUGAAGCCCACUUGUGGGAUAAGCUCUCUUGGAAUGCAACGCAGAAGAAGAAAGGGAAACAAGUUUAUCUUGGAGCUUAUGAUGAAGAAGAAUCUGCUGCAAGGGCAUAUGAUUUAGCUGCACUUAAGUAUUGGGGAACGUCAACUUUCACAAACUUCGCGAUAUCAGACUAUGAGGAAGAAAUUGAGAUAAUGCAGACUGUAACAAAAGAAGAGUUUUUGGCCUCGUUACGAAGAAAGAGCAGUGGCUUUUCAAGAGGUGUAUCUAAGUACAGAGGAGUAGCAAGGCACCAUCAUAAUGGUAGAUGGGAAGCAAGAAUAGGAAGAGUUUUUGGAAACAAGUACCUCUACCUUGGCACUUACAGCACCCAAGAGGAAGCUGCUCGUGCCUAUGACAUUGCAGCAAUUGAGUACAGAGGGAUCAAUGCUGUGACAAACUUCGACUUGAGUUCUUACAUAAGAUGUUUAAAGCCAAGAGCUGACGAUCCGAUAGCCACUCAAGAACCAGAGACAGUUGCAGAGCCUCAGAAUAUACCAGCAUUCAUGGCCAACAGCUACAUCCCAACAGAGGAGCCCUCAUUCUCACACACAAACCUUUUUGCCUCUGGUUACUUGAGCUCUCCUCAAAAGCAAAAAGUCACCAGAAGUAGCGUCCCACUUAACACUGGUAGCAAGUCAUCUUCUCCCACCGCACUUGGCCUACUCCUUCAGUCUUCAGUCUUCAGAGAACUGGUUCAGAAGAAUGCAAACUUCUCGGAGGAUGAAAGUACUGACGGUGAAGAAACGAAGAACCAGACACAGGUUGGUAGUGAUGAUGAGUUCAGUGGAAUUUUCUAUGAUGGAAUCCGCGACAACCCUUUUGUUUGCUCGUCCAACUCUGAUGGAGACAACUCAUGGAGCAGCAUUGCAAGCACCAUUUUGCUCAAUCAGCCAUCAAAAGCAAAUGCCUCCUCCUCGGACUCUCUAUUUUUCUUUUCUUAGAUGCAACAUGGGAAACAGAACUUGUUCAUGUGGAAGAAAUUUUGUGUCACUUGUAAAUAGCAGAACUGGCACAUCAGAAGUACAUAGCAUGAAACUGCAUAUCCAUGUAAA